AAAUCGCUUUGUGAAACCACUUGAGUUAAGUUAAAGCCUUGCACUACAAAUUGCAGGGCAUGGGUAUUGUUACCCAUGGUGAAGGAAAAUCAUGGGUGGAGAAAUUGAAGUUGGAAGAGGAAACAACAAGGGAGAGAUUGCAGGGUAAACUGAUGAGAGUUUGGAAAGUGCCAUUGGCAAAUAGGGGGUUGAAGUCUGCAUCUAGGAGUAAGAUGGAAAAUUUUACUGCAGCUAUGGAAAAAUGGAGAGAUCAAGGAAGAAGUGAGUGGAGAGCACAAGGCAUGGCUUGCAAUUGAAGAAGUGAGGGAAAUGAUAAAGAAGUUUGUAUGAUAUAUAUUGGUGUAUCUUUUUCUCUUCAUCUUGAUUUUCAUGUUUAAAGAAUUAGCUUCUCUAAUAUUUUACAUGAUGCCAUUGUGCUCACUUUGUCCAGCAAAGUGUCCAUCUCAACAAAAAUAAUCCACAACA